AUGUCUAGACUUCUUGAGCUUGCUGUCAACUUCGAGCUGUCCAAGGAGGAGAUUGAGAGUAUUGACAACCUGUAUGAGCCGAGGAACGUUAUGGGUAUUGCUCUCGCGCUUGUGCCGGGAAGUCCACCACCCCCCGGAGCUAUUCGAGUCAUAGCAACGGAUCUUCUGCCAGUUUUGGUCUUCUCGACCGUCAGUCUCCCAGUUCCCCAGUUUCUAAUGGCUCUCCUCGCUCCUAUUCGUCUAGCGUUUGGAGGGCCAGCCACCCCUCAAAGAAACCCACCACCUUCACAAUACCCAAUGAGUCACCUGGCAUAG